ACCUAGAAACCGGAUUGAACGGCACCUGACCUUGCGGUUGCAAGGGCCUGGGGCGCCUCGGAGUUGAAUUAAGAAAUGUGGUUCCACAGGUAUCUUCAGCCAGCCAGUCUGCAAUAUGACUAGUUUGUGUUACCAAUAACAGCAGUAUCAUUCUAAGUAAAGCAACUCGCUUUGCCGGUCCGAGUCGUCCUUUCGAAUCCAAGCAAGCCUUCCUCUUUCACAAUGGCUGCAAUGGCUCACCAACACUAACUAUUUCGCUUCCAAUUCCUUGUUUGUGGUGUACAUGCUCAAAUUCGCCUCAAGAGGACAGGCUUUCUAUAAGACUUUUUAAAGGUCCGAAAUCCAUAUGGCACCAGAAUCAACGCGAUGGCUCAGAAAGGGCAGGUAGAUCGACAAUCGUUCCUAUGGCCGCAAUCUGUGCAUGUAUGGAUACAAAUUUCAUUGCAUGACAUUUCGGUUUUUCAAAUUACAACGAGAACGAUUUGCUGUUCCUAUCUCAACAAAAGAAAACGAUGAAUAUCGAUGACAUUGCCAAGUCGUGGUUGUUGGACCCUACCAGUGUGAAAGUGUUCCAACACACCUCUGAUGUGUUAGUGGACUAUGUCAGUUAUCUUAUGGUAACAGUGGGAGUGGUGGCAAUAUCCACCAGGGUAUUAGCCACAUUAAACUCCGGAGAUCUCCUCUGCAUGCUUCUGUCAGUCGAAGUUGACAAUCAAACAGUUGUAGACCUUGGUCCAUACUCGGCUGGUGGAACAAUAGGAAUCAUCAAUUACGCCAACUCGGAACGAGCCUGCAUUCGCCGAUUGUUUUCCAUAUUCAUGGAGUACUUGCCCUUUAUUUUGCUUCUCCAAACGUUGACCUUAAUAGUGGUCGACAAGUUCAGCUUCAAGAUCCCCAAAGUAUCGAGAAAGGUGGAACGCUUCCAUGCUCACAUUGUGGAGAAUGCAUUUGUCGGUCACGAUCCCGAUGUGGCUGAGGACAUCACUGACCCCACAACCAGUACCGAUGCCAUUUGUCGCUUGAGACAACGACGAGAGAUUUGCGCCUCUUUGCAAGAAAGUUCCACCAUUCAUCACGUUUACAUCGGGAAGAACCUGUUCAAGAUUGUCUUGGUGGCGGGUCUUGUGGCUCUCAAUGCUAGUCAUGGAUUACUCCACAUCGAAGAUCAGGUCUUGUGCGAAGUGUCAGUGAAUGACAUUCCCAAAAUACACUUACAGCAAGGAACACUUCACUUUCAAUGUCGAGGCCAGAGAGUGGAGUUUCUCUUCAUUUGCUUGUGGUCCCAAGUGUUUCUUCUCCUCCUGCACGGAGUCCUUUCGUUGAUUGCACUCUUGUGGAGUGUUGAAUUCCGACCAGUGGCAAAACUACUGAGCAAAAUCGACCAAGACCGUCAGAGCCUGAACCAACCACAGAUCGUGCGAUCUAGUGGAGAAGACUUUCUGUUCUUGUUUGAUUUCCUUGCCCAUAGUUACGACUUGGAAUCCACUCUCAGGGUCUUGACACACUCGGAUGAGGUGUUCCAUGCCAUCUGCAAACCGAAUCUCUUGCUCGAGCAUGAUGUUCAUGUAGAGGAAGACAAGGUCGAAAUCAAAUGGAGAGAAGCUGAGAUCGAUCAUUGGCUCAAGAAUAGAAAAAAGAGCUCUUCGUGGAUGCGGAACGUCACUAUUGAUAGUUAUGAAGUAACAAUCUUUCCAGCCGAAACUGUAAACCAUUCGCAGACCAUUUCUUCAAACACUGGCAGCAUCUACGCGGCUUGUUUCAGGGAUUUGUCUGGGGGUAAGACGGAAUACGUAAUCACAAUUGCCUGCAAAGUGGGAAGUUCGCGCAUGAAGGGGGAAAAAGUGGUCACGCACUUGGCACCCAGGGGCCCGGAGAAGCCACGGAAUGGUAUGCUAAAAGAUCAUGGUCCAACUCACGUGGAUAUUCAAUGGGUCCCACCCAAAGGAGACUUUACCAAGUAUGUCUUGUUAGUUGAUCGGAUUUCCGUGGAUGUCUCUCCAAUUCGAAAUGCACCCGAUAACCCUGUUGUUUUAAGGGAUGCUUCAGCUUCGUCUGAACGAACCAUCAUUGAUGACGUGACACAAGUGAACCACUUUGAGUAUUACUUGAGCUCAAAAUUAUGCGAGUAUUGUAUCCAUGGACUAAAACCAAGCGAGUGCUACCGUAUCCAAUUGGGAACAAAGACUGGACGCGUCCUGACCAGGCAGUUCAUCCGGGAUGACGUGAUAACUCAACCUAAUGAGGUACCAGGUCUCGAAAUACUGCAGAUAGGCCAUCACUCAUGCUUGGUCCAAUGGAAUCCAUUGGAGUCAAGUCCUAUUCUCAAGGGCUAUCAAGUCGAAGUUCUCACUCAUGACGGAAGAGAGCAUCGAACAGUAGCGGUGUCAAAAGUUCAGAACACCUUCAAGGUGACGGAUCUUGAACCUAAUUCCGACUAUUUCAUCAACCUUAGCGGGAUAUCAGCAUUGAGGGAUCUGAAGGCUAUUGGCCAUCCAGUGCAAGAAUCUAUGACCACGCUGGCAUAUCCUCCCACUGACCUGAGAGUCAAAGACUCGACCCCGGUUUCGAUUCGAUUGAAAUGGAACGCGCCUCUAGGGCUAACUGGAAAUCACCGAGCAAAAUACUCGUUGGUGGUGAUCUCGCCUUCAAUCCCCUCGUUUUCGUUGACCCGUUCAAUUGAGGGGAAAACAGAGAUGCUCAUAUCCAAAUUGCCUCAACCUUGCCAUAAAUACAAGGUAUCUCUUCAAACCCGAAUUGCUACACCCAACGGAAACGAAUUAACUUGCGUGGCUGUGGAGCUCUGGUGUUGUUCCCUACCACGUGCGCCAAUUAAGUUCAGCGUGACCAACAGUCCCCCGAAAAUAGUUUUCAAAGCUGCCAGAGACAGAGACUUGGUGGAUCGCUGUCGGAUUAAAUGGAGCUGUCAAGAGCCAGAAUUGGAGGAAAAUGAAGAGACCAUGGUGGAUUUAGACCCAGUUUCGGAAUUUGGGGAGUUUAUUUUACCCAAUUUGUCUCCGGACGUGACUUAUCAUUUUCUUAUAUCGGCAAUUUGUUCAUCCCUUGGCGUUGAAAGCAAGGCAUUGCCUGGGAAAGUGGUUUUUAACGCAAGUACUAAUUUAGUCAGCAUCCCAUAGAGAAGAAGGAUUGGGAAUGGGAGCAUUAAGUAAUUAGGUUAAGAACUGAGAGACCUGAUUUGAGCCCCCAAUUAUGUUAUCUUUCAAAUGACAGUUGUUCCAAGGCGCAUUAGUAUCGCAGCUCACAUUUCAGGUCCAUGAAGUAAAAUAAAUACCUUUUUCCGUCUUGCAUUGUUGGGAAUUCAAUUCCCAGUAGCGGCAAGGAAGUCCGCAAAAAAUCAAAUAAUAGUCUUCUUACACUACACGAAAUAUGGUUUGCAUUCUACACUUCAGAGGGCGCUUUUUGAAUCAGCCUUUACCAAAUAGAGGGCUGAUUCCUCUUUAUUGAAUUAAAAUGGUUUUAAGUUGUUUCUGCCUUAUUCUAUCAUGUAUCAUCAUUCUAUAGCCCCCUUACGCUGCACGAAAUAUGUUUUAUGUUAUGCACUCCAGAGGGCGCUUUGUCAUUCAGCCUCUACCAAAUAAAGGGCCGAGUGGGCCAA